AUGGGUUUUCAUCGAAGAAACCUCUUCAUUCCCGUUCUGUUCAUCAUAUUGCUGAUCGGAACCUCGGCAAUUUCUCAAGUGGCCGCAUCCGACGAUCAAGCGGAUCCGUUCAACGCUUCUCGAGUCUUCGAGGAAUGGAUGGUGAAGUACAAGCGCGUCUACAAGAGCAAGGAAGAGAAAGAAAAGCGUUUUGCCAUAUUCAAAACCGCGUUCAAGGGUAUGAAGAGGAGCCUUCACAAAUAUGACGAUCAAGAGGAUCCGUUCAACGCUUCUCAAGUCUUCGAGGAAUGGAUGAGGAAGUACAAGCGCGUCUACAAGAGCAUGGAAGAGAAAGAAAAGCGUUUUGCCAUAUUCAAAACCGCGUUCAAGGGUUUAAAGAGGAGGCACGACUGGCGGGAAUACAAAUCGUUUAUUGCACACCUUCACAAGUUUUCUGAUAUGACCAUGGACGAAAUCUCCAUGGGUUGCCACAACCCUGAAGAUUUGAGGCCCCCUGUACACCCUGUACAUGACCUUCGCCGAAAUCCCCAUGGGUUGCCAUAA